AUGCGCACAAUCAAUGCUUCUUUGCAAAUACAAUUGAAGUUCGGAUCUCGAUCGAUAGUGACGUUUUUCGGGUUCUUCUCAGCGCUGUGCACUGCUUUAAUUCCACUUUGUGCACAUCUAGGCUUUUAUUGGAUGGUUGUAAUGCGAUUUCUGCAGGUAGAGUUGCACUUAAUUCGAAAAAUCAGUUUCUUAACUUAUCUGAAUGGUAGGAUUAGCUUACCAGGCCCGAUAAGAUACGAAUUUGCUUUGAUAGGGACUGGCCUUUCUACAGGUUUUACCUUAAUUGGUAUAAUUACCCGACAGUGGUCAAUGCAGAAACAAAGUGCAUUCUUCAUCGCCUUUCUAACAUGCUUCUUCCAGAUUGGCCCUAUAUUUACAAUGCCAGUAGCUGGUGCUUUAUGUACUUCAUCUCUUGGCUGGUCUUGGGUCUAUUAUUUGCAUGCAUUUAUUACUGUCAUCUUAUUCGCUCUGUUUCAAUAUUUCUACAGAGAGCAACCAGAUUACCACUCAUUCGUGUCUGCAAAGGAAUUGGAUCGUAUAAAACGAGGGAAAGGUGACACAGCAAAGAAAGAGCCAGUACCAGUCAAGGUCGGUGCAAAAAAAUAUGUUUUUCCUUUCUUUAGUGCCUUCGACCAAUCACAACCCGUAGAGCAACUUAGCGAGGGCGGGGCGAAUAAUUUCAGCCAAUCACAACUCUUUCAGGCAAUUAUCACCAGCAACGCAAUCAUAGCUGUGUGGAUAUCAGCUCUAGGCAAUUUCAUGGGCAUUCAAGUCACCAUGCAGUUCUCACCUACGUAUCUCAACAAG